AUGUUUUCUGAAUAUGCCUCCCGGUUCCUCGCUCAGUCACAGUCACGAAUAAAUGCCCAACCGGACGAGCUACAAAGAGCAGCCCGUGGCCGCCCCAAUACACAAGGCAAUCCUCGACAUCCUUCAUCCCGCCACUUCUUGCGACCGAGUGACCCCUAUCGUACUCCAGGCUCGCAGGCUUCUCAUUUUACUCUCGCCUCCCGGGGUAUGGCCCAACCGGCGCCUCUCUUCUUCAGUGCUACCGAUGAAUUUCGAGAAGAGGACGAUGAGACCGAACGCGAGAGAGAAAUCGCAGACUUCUAUGCACUUCAGCGAUCAAGACGGAAUUUUGGCGACAGUAAUUUGAAGGACUCGUCGGAACUGGAGGACUCGGGGCGCUCAGGACUUGACGAAAGUUCGCCAUACGACGAGCGUCCUGGCCAUGGCAAAGGCAUCAAGAGCUCAUGGCGGGGAGAGAGAAGCAUACCGGCUACCCAUUCAUUUCCGAUUGAACCGGUGGCCGAGACCACCGAACGCGGGUCGGAAUUCCAUGCCAGCCCCAGCAGUAGUAAAGUCCGCGGUCAUUUAGUCGAUGUCGGCCUGGAAGACUCACUGCGAAAUGACAUCAAUGACGACCUAGCAUCAUCCACCCCAAGUGCCCAUGAUCCACCAGUCCAACGAUUUCGAGAACGUGCUCCCUUGCGGGAGCUGGGGGCUCACCCGCUUGACCCCAUUCAAGAGCAAGGCUUUUCAUCCCAACAUGGAUCGCGGCCACCUAGUUCGACAGGCUCAUUCCCGGUCUCAGUAUCGCCUCUGGCCUCAGAGAAUAUAGUGCAUGAUGCUUUCUGGGGUCAUUUGUUCUUCAUAUCACUCGCAGGCUUAUUUGCUUCUGCCUUCCUGGUGUACUUGCACACAUCCACUCCAUCAGGGGACAAAUCAAAAUGGGGCGAUACAAUAUACUUGACUGUCCAUGGGUCAUUCUUUCUACUCGGGGUCUACACUCUUGUAUCAAUUCUUGUCUCUCUUCUUUGGCUUGCGUUGCUACGAUCUUACGUUCGACUGCUGGUCCAUGUGAUCAUAGUCGCUGUCCCGGUCAUCCUCUACUCGUUCUCCCUGUACCCCUUUAUCUCAAGCUUCAAGGGGGCAUGGCAUGGGUCGAGUGUACAAGAUAAGGCCAUGAGAUGGGGCUCCAUUCUACCGUUUCUCAUAGCUACGCUGUGGAUUUAUAACGUCGCUCGCGGCCGCCAGAACAUCGGAAAGGCCAUCGGCAUCCUUGAAUUCGCCUGCCGGAUCCUGGGCGCCAACCCAGAAUUACUUGCUCUAGGCCUGGCUUCCCUCGUCUGCGUUGUAUCUUGGACAUGGAUCUGGAUGCUCAUGUUCACUCGAGUUUUCCUGGGUGGCCAUCUCACCAGCUCCCGAUCUUUUAUUAUUGACGCGGGCAGCUGGUGGCUCGGCAUGUACUUCGUCCUCGUAUACCUAUGGUCUGUCGGUGUUAUUGCGGGCGUGCAACGGGCUGUCACAGCAGCAACUGUGAGCCAGUGGUAUUUCCACCGUCUAGCAACACCCGCCCCGACCUCCCGGCAAAUUGUCCAGGCGGCUGUCACCCAUGCAGCCACGACCCUUUUCGGCACAAUCUCGCUGUCCCGACUCUUGGGCCUGCUGGUUCGAUUGCCUCUGAUCGUACUACCGAGCCGCCUCGCCUCGUUAAUUAGCCUGUUUGCAUACUCUUUGGUCCCCACCCCCAUCACUUACUUGACCAAUCCCCUAUCGCUCAGCUAUGCGGCAAUUCACUCGCAGCCUCUUAGUGCCUCCUCUCGGGGACUCAGUCAGAUGACCGUCCUUGCCCCAUCAGCGGCUUCGACCUCUCUACAUCCCCGGUCUUAUUCACGAUCCCCUGAUUCCGGGUCUCUUCUAUCUUACCGACUCUCGAAAUUGAUUCUCUACGCUGCCCGCUUCAUGAUGUCGUUGGCGCUUGGAUUUGGUGGCUGGGUGACCACCGCUCGGAGCCUGACAAGCUCUGACACCGGCAACAGUUUCCGCGGCAGUCUCUAUGCCUACGUGGUCGGUCUGAUUGCGGGCACGAUCGGAUGGACCACCCUCGGUGCAGUGGAGGGUGUGAUCGCUGACAUUGUAGAUGCCGCUGUAAUUUGCUGGGCAAGUGAGGUUGGUAUCUACGGACGAGAGGCACGGUACUGUCGUGAAGCCGGUUGGCUCUUCGGUGAUUCGCAGUCCCGGUUUGGGCACGAAUAUCAAGAGGUCUAA